CCCCGCCCCCUCCCCAGCCGAUAAAGGCCAGGCCAGGCUGGGACGUGCUGCGCUUGCUCUCCGGUCCAGCGACUGAUUCAGAGUACCCCUGUGGCCCAGCCAUGAGGCUCCUGCUCUCGCUCCCGGUGCUGGUGGUGGCUCUGUCGAUGGUUUUGGAAGGCCCAGCUCCAGCCCAGGCUGCCCCGGACCUCUCCAGCACCCUGGAGAGCAUCCCGGGGAAGCUGAAGGACUUCGGCAGCACCGUGGAGGAGAAGUUCCGGGCAGCCAUCGACCAAGUCAAGAAGAGUGAAAUUCCUAAGAAGACCUGGUCCUGGAACUCAGUGCUAGGCAAGGUGAAGGGGUUGAUGGAGCCACUGGUGACAAAGACCAGAGAGACGUGGCAGUGGUUCCGCGUCCCCACAGCCGUCCAGGGCUUUGCGCAGACCUACUAUGAGGACCACCUGCAGGACCUGGGUCCCCGUACCCAGGCCUGGCUCCUCAGCUCCAAGGACAGCCUCCUGAACAAGGCCCACAGCUUGUGUCCCCAGUUUCUCUGUGGGAAGGGGGACCAGGAUUAAAAUGUUCACAGCCUCCACAAUAAAGAAAUUCUUGUCAGCGU